AUGCCGAAUACUUUUAGCCCCAACUUCCCUGCUACCACCGACCAGUUUGUGGGAUUCGUCGUGUUCUGGUUCAUAUCGACACCUUUCUUGUGGCUGCGACCGGAAAAGUUCAAGAUCCCGUUCCUCAUAGUCUGCCUCUGGUGCGGCAUCGGAAUGUUGGCAUGGAUGAUCUGGGCAGUGACGACUGCUAAAGGUGUAGGGCCUCUUUGGAAUGCUGGCGAAAACAUUCCAUCGGGUUCCGCUUGGGGUACCUCGUGGCUCAUCAUGGCUGGUAUCAAUCAGAGUCUUGGUGGCAUUGCUGCGGGUAUCACAAACGGCAGCGACUUCUCACGCUAUUCACGUGGAAGAACACCCUAUAUGGUCGGUACUAUCACUAGCUGUGUGAUCACCAGCGUCAUCGUCUCUCUAGUUGGUCUUGUUACAACUGCGUCAGGACAAAAGUUGUACGGAGAAAUCUAUUGGAACCCACCGGAUCUACUCAUGCGCAUGAUGGACAACGGUAAUGGCUCAUCGAAGGCACGUGCGGGGGUAUUCUUCCUGGCUGCAGGUUUCGCAUUUACCGCAAUGUUCGAGAACAUUUGCGGAAACGCUGUCUCCGGUGGAAUCGACCUUGCUGGCCUGUUUCCACGUUACAUCAACAUACGACGUGGUGCCAUCAUUACAUUUGUGGCGGCAUGGGUCGUUCAACCCUGGCAACUCAUCAACCGUGCCACUACAUUUAUCGCCGUGCUGUCUUCCUUCUCGGUCUUUCUAGCACCAAUCAUCGGCAUAAUGGCAUGCGACUACUUCCUCUUGCGAAAGAGAAGGAUCCGCUUGAGUCAUUUAUAUCGAACUGAAAACUCGUCGUAUUGGUUCACCAAAGGUUUCAACUGGCGGGCGAUACCCUCAUGGCUAUGUGGAUGGAUCCCGACGAUUGGGGGUCUUAUAGUGACAGUAAGAGGAGAUGCCGACCCACCACGGGCUUUGGUACAGCUCUACAAUAUGGCCUUCUUCAUAGGAUUCUUCAUCAGCGCUUUUAUCUUCUACGUCCUCAACAAGAUCUUCCCAGUUCCUGAUAUGGACCAGAUCGAUCCUAUCGAUCUAUAUGGUACCUUCACAGAAGCGGAGGCAAAGCGAGCUGGUGUAGCUCCGCUAGACGACAGCCCUAUUCUGAGAGGGGUAUCUGGGCGAAGAUCGACCGAGCAGGUUGUCAUUCAUGCAGAGAAGGAUGUAUUCGGUAACGCUUUCGCAAUCAGCAUCGCUCUGGGUCUCAAGAUCGCCGUCGGCAUCGCAUACACGCAGUAUGUAUGGAUGCGUCUCCGGAAGCGAUCGAUAAGCUUGAGAUCUAUCGACGACUCUUUCGAUAUUUCGAGAAACUUAUCCGCUUUCUUCAACCUUGAAGUCAUCCGGAAGCUGCACGUAGGGCUCAUGGUUGCACUCAUACUAUGUGAGACAAGAGUCGCUGCAGCGAACAACUUGACCACCGAUAGUCUAAAGUGGAUGAACUCUGACAUUCCUUCCGGCGGAGAGAUUGGAUACCUCGGACUCUCAUAUCCAAAUACUCUAGGAGAAUCUACAUCAGGUCUGAACUGGAACAAUACUAAGCAAACCGCCAAUGAGUUUGCUUUUGCUAUCCAGAAACGUCCAACUGAUGUAGCGUAUCAGUCUGAUACCGAUUAUUUGUUGUGCGAAGUGUGGAACGCUACCGUAUCCUACACCGUCAAUACCCGCAACAGUAUAGUCAGCAUUGGAAACGUCCAUUGGGAGUUGCUCAACAAGUUUGAUCCGCAGAGCGCCAUCCCCAUCAACGAACUUGGGCGAGCCUCCGGCUCUCCCGCCUACUCCGGAUAUACUAUAGGCCUAGCAAGCUAUUUGCUUGGGUAUGUCGCCUGGCGCAGAGAUAACUCCCGUACUAAGCUGGAUUCGGCUGGUCCGCUUGAUACGACAUCCCUCUCUACAGGUUCGCAGUUUUACAACAUGACUCGCAACAUGAACGAGGCAAUUGAGGCUGUCAACACUCUCCAAAAUCCGUCCAGCGUCCGGGACAUCUCGUUCCGUGAGGAUAUCGAAGCAUUUGCGCUGAACGUGUCUUUGAGCAUGAUCAACGAUGCUUCGCUUUGGUAA